ACUAUUCUUGUAGAUAUAUUAGAAUAAAAUACUUAGUUUAUUACCUGUAUGUGUACUUCUAUAUAAGCUAACCACAUAUAUUUCUGCAGAGCUUUGAUGAUGUUCCUUCAACCUUCUGUAUACCUUAUUAGGACCAUUAUAAUACAGAGGUCCGACUAACCCGUUAACUAACAUUCUUGUAGCUUUUGAACUCUUCUCGAACAUCUAAAAGAUAAGCAGAUGUUCAGAGAAGAUUCAUCUUCAUUUGAUCAUUCAAGAACAAGGGAAUCGACGAGUGGGCAAUUGCCGGAUGAUCAGCAGAUGGGAGCUACUACUGAGUCAAUGACUGGAACUGAGUAUUGGAAGCUUACCAGCUUGUGCUUCUUACCUAGGGAAUUAAACCUGAAUCCGGCUCGCAUUGCAUUAGCAGAAGGUCUCGGAACGUUCAUAUUGAUGUUCAGCAUAUGUGGGAUAAUGGGGAGUAUGCAAUUGUUAGGGAACCAAGUAGGUCUUUUGGAGUAUGCAACUACAGCUGGUACAGCCAUAGUUGUCAUUAUUUUCACUUUGGGGGAAACCUCAGGUGCUCAUGUCAAUCCUGCUGUCACAAUUGCCUUUGCUGUUUUCGGUCAUUUUCCAUGGAAAAAGGUACCUCUUUAUGUGAUUGCACAAUUGUUGGGCUCCUUAUUGGCAACGUAUGUUGGGCAGCUUGUCUUCAGAGUUAAUCCAGAAGUUAUUAUGACAGUACCUUUAAAAGAUCAUGCUUUUGCAGCCUUUGUAGCUGAAUUCAUUGCCACCUUUAUCGUUACAUUCCUUGCUGCAUCACUAGCAAGAGAUGCAAAAUCUGUUGGUCAUCUAGCUGGUUUUGUGAUGGGCAUAGCCAUUGCACUUGCAGUCUUAAUUACUGGGCCACUUUCUGGGGGAUCAUUGAAUCCAGCAAGAUCAAUAGGACCAGCAAUUCUUGCUUGGAAACUUGAUCAAAUAUGGAUAUAUUUCAUCGCCCCAGUUGCUGGUGCAAUUCUUGGAGUUUUAAUGGUUCAUGCUUUGUGUCUUCAUCAUCAGCCUCCUCAAAGUCAUAAUUUAUCUGCUGCAAGGAGUGUAUUGCCAUAGAUUUUUAAGUUUACCUUUCAUUUUAGAGGAAAUUAUUACUUCUUUUUAUGUUCUUGAUUAGUUGUGAGAGACAAUGCUGGAAAAGUUGUUGGGUUAGUGAAAUGUUAGGGUGUUGCUAGUGAAAUCAGUGGCAGGAGAAGACUAUGAUUCACCUCCACAGCUGACUUAUUGCAGCUCAGGUAUUGUAUUAACAAUAGAGAAACAUGAAUGAGAAAUUGAGAAUGUAAGCGUUGUAUUACAACCCACAACUAAUGUACAAUAAGCCUACUAGCACCCUCCUUCAAGAUGGAGCAUGAAA